AUGGCAAUAACUGCAGCAGCAGCAGCAGCGUCAAACAAGCUAAACAAGUAUUGCUGCUGUGCCGAGCAACAGCAACAGCAAAAGCAGCAGCAACAGCAACAGCAGCAACAUCAGCAGAUAAAAGGCAGACAAAAGGCACGAGAUGUGAGAGACGUCUAG